CCUCCUGUCCUAUAUGCUUCCUGAUCUUCACCCAUCAUGGGCAGGGAAAACUUUUAGGCUGCAUCUGCACCUCUCCUCUGGUCAGCCCUGGAACUUUCUUCCUCCUCAAUUUUUGCUCUCCCUCUCCUGGACUUUAAUUGACCCUCUUCAGAGAACCUUAGGUCACCGUCACGGUGACCCUUUGGUAUAUUUAUCCUUUUUCAUCUUCAGGGGAAUUGAAUAUAUUUUGGUUGUGACUGUUCUUCCUUGUAGGGGCUCUGUGCAAGGACUCAUCCUUGACGAUCAGGACUCAAACAGGAUUAGGGAGGUGGCAGUCCAUGUUAUUUUUUUCUCGACAACUUUUUUGUUGUUGUUGCCCUAAAGGAUUAAUUGCUGAAAUUACAUAUUCAAACCAGCAUGACUGAGGGAGUCGAAGGUACAGUAUCUACACAAGUCUAACGCGAUCCUCCACCACAACCAUGGUCAUAGAGAGCAAAAACGGGGAGGCAGGACAGCCCCUAGUCAGGGUGUCUAAGAGGACUGUGACUGACGACCUGUACACCACCUUCAGUUCCCCCAUGGCCUGGAUCCUGGUCCUAGCCCUGGUCAUCACCUGGUCCUGCGUGGCCAUCAUCAUGUUUGACCUGAUGAACUACAAGGGCAUCACAGGGGUCCCCCCACCUCCCGCUGUCAGGAAAGCAAUUAAGGAGGCAGGGAGGUCUAGAGGAAGCAUUCAGCAUAUCAACUCAGAUCCCAUGAAAGUGGUGAACGAGGCGGUGGAGGAGUCCACUGGCUGGGGCAACCUGCUUCUGACCUUUGCCUCCAACCUGGUAGCACCUGAGGAGGAGGAGGAAAUGGAAGGUGAGCUACAUCCUGUGAAGAAAAAAGUAAAACCGCCCCCAAAAGAUAUAGGAUGGUACGUUGAAGAGGAUCAUCAUGCUGAAAGUGAGAAGGGUGGAACAGAAGGCACCAUGGCCAUGCUUUCCAGGUUUAUAGCUGCAUUCCUACCAUCCAGAAAACAAGUUGCAGGGAUGUUUGCAGAGGAAAAAGAACCAGUUGCUAAAGUAAAGGACGAAGAAGAAGAUGAAGACGAGGAUGAGGAGGAUGAGGAAGAAGUGGAAGAUUAUGAUGAGGAUGAGGAUGAAGAAGAAGAGGAGAAUGAGAAUGAGGUUGAAGGGGGAGAAGAUGAGGAUGAAGAAGAAGAAGCUGAUGAUGAGGAUGAGGAAGAAGAUGAAGAAGAGGACAAGGAAGCAGCAGCUGAGGUUGAUAUAGAUGAGGAUGAGGAUGAGGAUGAUGAUGAUGAAGAGUAUGAGGCUCCCAUUCUGAUUGAUGUUGAUGACACAGAGACAGAAGCUUCUGCUGGAGAUGAUGACAGAGAGGAGGAUGACACCACAGCUGAAGCUGAAACUGAAGCAAUUACAGAUGAGGAUGCCAGUGAUACUGCUGGUGCUUCCAGUGAUGAUGACCAUAAUGAAGAGGAUGAAACCAAUGAUGCCAGUGCUGAAGUCACAGAGGAUGCUCCUGCUUCUACUGCAAAUGACAAUGACGAUGAUGAUUAUGGUAAAGAGGAGGAAAUUGAUGUCACAGAAGAUGUUGUUUAUGACAUCCAGGACGAUGACAUUGAUAUUGUUGCAGAACAAGUAGAUGCUGUUGCCUCUUCUGCAGAUGAUGAUGAUGAGGAUAAAGAUGAUGAGGAAGAUGAUAGCAUAGAUGAUGACAAAACAGAUGAUGAUGCUAAACCCAUUGACCUAGAAGAUGACGAUGAUGACGAUGAUGAUAUCAAGGUCAAUCUUGCUGAUAGUGAGGGUAUUGAUAUCUCAGACACAUUAGCUGAGGAUACAACUGAUGACUCUACAGAUAGUUUAGAGGACACUGAUGAUGACGACGACGACAUUGUCAAUGAGGACAGUGGUGCCAUCGUUGAUUCAGUUGACAAAACACUGGAGGAUUCAGGCGAGACUGUUUGUGAUGUCGCAGACAUUUCUGGUGACACAGCAUAUGAUGAUGAUGAGGGGAAGGAUGCAGCUGAAGUGAUUGGCAAAGAUGUUGACAUCACACCAGAAGCCUUUGAUAGUUCUGCUCCUGAGGAAGAUGAUCUAUCCAAGGAUGAAGAAGAGGAGGAUGAUGAUGGCAUUGAUGACCUUCUUUUGACAGUAACGCCACCUGUUGAAGAAACAAUAACCCCACUUUCUGAAGAGGCUAAAGAGACUGAAGUAGAGGAAAAGACAGAAGAGAUCCAAGAGAUCAUCCCUCCAGAAGCACCAGAAGAGGAGGAGGAGACUGAGGAACCAUCUGCUGAACCAGAGCUGACAAUAGAGGAAGCUUUGGAAGAAGAGGUAGUGGGGGACGAGACAGCAGAGCCCGAAUCCAAGGAGGAGGUAGAACCCAUCACUGAUACCAAGGAAGAGGAGGAGGAGGUAGCACCAGAGCAUGAACUUGAAGAGGUGGUGGUAGCAGCAUUGCCUGAAGCCGAGGAGGAAGAUGAGGUAGCUCCUGAGCCCGAGGAGGAGGUAGAACCUGCAGUCAAAGAGGUAAAGGUCCAGCAAGCUGCUACUCCUGCACAUCAAGUAGUGUGCCCUUGUAUGCAUUCAUCAAAACCAAAAGAACCUGAAAUUGAGCCAGCGGAGGAAAAAGCUAAACAUGUCAAGAGGAAAGUAGCCAAGCAAGCUAAAAAGGCCACUCCUGACCGGAAGAAGGCCCCUAAAAAGGAACCAGUGGUGAGAACUAAGAGAGAACGAGACAUGUGCAAGCCAGUUGAGAACACAAAAAGGAAAGAGGUUGCAAGGCAAUUGGAGUUGGAAGAGGCAAUCAGAAAGAGAGAACUCAGACUUAAAAAGGAAGAGAAGGAGAAGUCCACAAAGAAAGUAUCAGAUUCUCAACAUGUAGAUGCGGGGUUACCUGCACCUGCACCAGUUCCCACCUGUCAACCCACACCAGUCUACUGGCCAUCAUCACCUCCUGGCUGGUAUCUGCAUCACAUAUUCACAGACAAUCCAUUCCCACCUACAACUAUGACAGCAUCUCCGGUGCAUAUUCCAACAGCUCAUCGAACUCAGUCAUUUUAUCAAGCUCCUCCAGCGUAUCAAGUUUAUCAAGCUGAACCAGCACCUGCACCAGCUACUCAACCAGCUGAACCAGCACCUGCACCAGCUACUCAACCAGCUGAACCUACACAUGCACCAGCUACUCAACCAGCUGAACCAGCACCUGCACCAGCUGAACCAGCAACUCAACCAACUGAACCAGCACCAGCACCUGGACUUGCACCGACAACUCAACCAGCUUCAUGGACUCAAGAACCACAGGCUCCCAAAGAAAAGCAGAAGGCUGGCACCAUAAAGAAGGUUCCAAAGGAAAAGACCAAGGCAGCUGCCCCAAAGAAGGAGCCAGAGCCCCCUAAAGAAAAUGUUAAGAAGCAAGACGCUGUGGUGUCCAAAGAGAAGGUCAAACCAGCUGUUGUAAAGAAAGAAGCUGUUGUCUCCAAAGAAAAGACAAAACCUACCACAAUGAAGAAAGAGGUUGUUGUUUCCAAAGAUAAAGCUAAAACAACAGCUGCCAAGAAAGAGCCUGUGGAAAAGGACAAAAUAACUCCUACGAAGAAAGAGCCUGCAAUCUCCAAAGACAAAGUGAAGACAAAGACUACCAAGACAACCACAAGCACUUCCAAGAAAGUUGUUUCAGAACCUGAGCCCCUAAAAGAGAAAGCCACUCCGAGAGUCCCCACUAUGAGGAAAGGGAACCACACAAAUGUAGUGGUGCCAAUGGUAAAAGCCAUGACUAGAGUUGUCGCUAUAAGACCCAUCCCUACAACAAAAGUGACAGAGGAGAAGCUAUCCAAAGAACCUGAGACAGAGAAAACAAAAGCGGCAGAGAAAAAAGAGGUUGUUGUUUCCAAAGAUAAAGCUAAAACAACAGCUGCCAAGAAAGAGCCUGUGGAAAAGGGCAAAAUAACUCCUACAAAGAAAGAGCCUUCAAUCUCCAAAGAAAAAGCCAAGACAAGCACUACCAAGACAACCACAAGCACUUCCAAGAAAGAAGCUGUUGUCUCCAAAGAAAAGACAAAACCAAUCACAAUGAAGAAAAAGGUUGUUGUUUCCAAAGAUAAAGCUAAAACAACACCUGCCAAGAAAGAGCCUGCGGAAAUGGCCAAAAUAACUCCUAUGAAGAAAGAGCCUGCAAUCUCCAAAGAAAAAGUCAAUACAAGCACAACCAAGACAACCACAAGCACUUCCAAGAAAGAACUUCGUGCUGCACAAGUCAAAGCUGAACGGUCGCUUGUAAAGAAUGUUGUUUCAGAACCUGAGCCCCUAAAAGAGAAAGCCACUCCGAGAGUCCCCACUAUGAGGAAAGGGAACCACACUAAUGUAGUGGUGCCAAUGGUAAAAGCCAUGGCUAGAGUUGUCGCUAUAAGACCCAUCCCUACAAAAAAAGUUUUAUCUCCUGCAGUGACAGAGGAGAAGCUAUCCAAAGAACCUGAGACAGAGGUUGUUGUUUCAAAAGAUAAAGCUAAAACAACAGCUGCCAAGAAAGGGCCUGUAGAAAAGGACCAAAUAACUCCUACAAAGAAAGAGCCUUCAAUCUCCAAAGAAAAAGCCAAGACAAGCACUACCAAGACAACCACAAGCACUUCCAAGAAAGAAGCUGUUGUCUCCAAAGAAAAGACAAAACCAAUCACAAUGAAGAAAGAGGUUGUUGUUUCCAAAGAUAAAGCUAAAACAACACCUGCCAAGAAAGAGCCUGUGGAAAAGGACAAUAUAACUCCUAUGAAGAAAGAGCCUGCAAUCUCCAAAGAAAAAGUGAAGACAAACACUACCAAGACAACCACAAGCACUUCCAAGAAAGUUGUUUCAGAACCUGAGCCCCUAAAAGAGAAAGCCACUCCGAGAGUCCCCACUAUGAGGAAAGGGAACCACACUAAUGUAGUGGUGCCAAUGGUAAAAGCCAUGGCUAGAGUUGUCGCUAUAAGACCCAUCCCUACAACAAAAGUGACAGAGGAGAAGCUAUCCAAAGAACCUGAGACAGCAAAAGACAAACCAAAAGCGGCAGAGAAAAAAGAAGACAAGGUAAAGGAUGUGAAGACAUCAGAUGCCAAAGCUAAAACCACACUCUCUGUGAAGACAGCCCAGCCCACUCAACCACAUAAAGCUGAGAAGACUGAGAAGAAAGCUGUGAAGGAGGCUAAAGAAGAAUCUCAGACUGACGAUAAUGCCAUGGACAAGAAGAAGCCAGGUCAGAAAGUAUUGCAGUGUGUUUUAAUGGUUGGAAAGAAUGCCCACUACCCUUUGCGACCUUCCACCCCUGGUAUGACCCCUGUGUCGAUGAGCCCAGCCAUGCGGUCCAUGAUGUUGCAGCAGGCGCAGCAGCAGAAAGCCAGAGCGGCGGGGCAGUAGACUAGCUCCUCACCUCCAUGCUGCUCCCUCUAGUCAGUCUGCACGACAGCCUUAACCAGGAUAAUCAGGGACUAAAGGGGAAGGAUGGAUGGACAGUACAGUACAGUAUUAUUUAUUUUUCUAUGACCGGUCGAGCUCCCGUGAGUUAAGUCAAUGAACUAUUUUCUUUUACCUGUGGCUUUGCCGCUUUUGAUAGCGCUCAGUGCUGAGUCCUUUGUGAUCUAUGUUUUUCAACAGAUUUAUUUAGAAGAAAAGGAGUGUAAGUUAAGCAAAUGUAAUUGAUCAUUUCUGUAAAUUUCAACCAAAUUCAAUGUACAUAUGCAUAUAAAUUGUAAUUAGGCUCAAGUUCAAUGUAUAUAAUGUACAUGUGAUAUCAACAUCCUGCCAUUUUCAUUUGUUGAAUAAUUACUUCACGUUAUAAUUUUUUCAUUUGUUACUUUUACCACAACAUUCAUAAUGACAUUCAUAGUGAGUUCAGAAUGACAAAACAGCUGUAAAUGGAUUUUAGGGUUGUACAUUAUCAAUGGCACUGUGAUUAAAAUUGAGUUUAGUUUUUAUUUCAUGUUUUGAUUCUAUUUUAUUAAGGAAACAAAUUGAACAUGCUAUACAAUAACAAAUGAACAAUAUAGCUCACUUUCUCCGAACAUGUCCAUGUCUGUAGGCUUCUGUUGAUGUGUGACAUACCCUGCCAUUAUUGCUGGAACAGGAAAUUCUAAGCCAUUUUUUAAGACUAUUGUAAUAGUUGAGCAUUAAAUAAACAGUGACAAACAUCAUAAUAAUUUAGAAAUUGUGUGCAUCACAGUUUGAUCAUGAAAGAGGAUCGAUAUUUGUAUAAAAAUUGCUGAAAUUGAUAUUUUAGAUUUGAAUAUAUCUGGUAUUUAGAAAGAAUAUUGUUUAAUUUUUAUUUUUAAUAUUCAUCAAAUUAGUUUGCCUGCCAAAGAUGACAAGAAGUUUUCACCUACAGUAAACGUUUCUACUCCUUGUCAGAUGUUAUUAGAUAAGGCAUGUUAACACUAACUGUAGUUAUCUGACCAGAUCUGCAUAAAACACAUAGCUUAAGAACACUGCAUUAUCACUCAUUACACACACUGUAAAGCAAGGUGAUGUUAUGUUGUAAUUUUUGUUUGAUAUGCUACUUCCAUGUAAAUAACUGCAUCAGCUUGUAUCUUGCUGCUUGGCAUGUUGGUAAAGAAUUGUGGGAAGAUGACUUUGGUACCAUUUCUCAUGGAAGCUCCCGUUGUUAACCAGAAUAACCUCUUCUCUCUCUCUCUCCUGAGGAGUGUGUGUGUGUACUGAGAAUGCAACACUAGAUCAAGUCAAUGACUGUCCACACAAUUGUUUUUUUUUACAACUUACAAUGAUUCUCGUGAGAUGGUGUUAUGACGUCAUCCUGUGAUAUAUAGGUGUGGAUGACUUUAUCAUCGCGGUCAUGUUACUACCAUGGCGCUUGCUGCCAUGCGCAGCAGCCUACUGCUGAAUCAUGUUCAAGUAGGAGUGCCUUUAUUCUGAUAAUGGUGCUGCUGUGCUGAGUCCAGCGUAUCCAUUGUUGUCUUACUCAACUAAAGACUGGUGUCAGGAGUCCAUGUUUCAAGACCAUGUGAAAGAAACUAUUGGGCCUGAGAUCAGAUGUCCUUUAAACAGUAGAAGGGAAUAUAAGAAUGCUCAGUAAGUGGUGGUUUGAGAGCCCAUACUGUGAAAGCCUGGUUACCUUCUCUAUUCAGCUAUUACAUUCCAAUCUCUGCCACUCCUGUCAUUUGCCAGCUUUGGUAAAUGACAGGAGUGGCAAGGAGUGGAAUGUUAGCUAAAAAGACUGGUAGCCAGACUAUUGAAAGCAUGAGAGGGAAGGCCGAGAAACUCUACUUUGUUUUGUCUGUAGCUGUCUCAGCCUGUUGUAUGGUAUCUACUAUCUAUCCAUACGUUUUGCAGUGUCACAUGCAUCCACAGUCCGCAACAACAGCUCAACAAAGUAUUGUGAAGUAGGCCAAAGGAAAAAACCUUGACUUUGAAGUUCCAGUGCACCAUUUCCUGUACCACCAGGGGAAAUGCUGCUGUCUGUCUGCUGUGUGUUGUUUUCUGUGGAUCUGACUGAUGGAGGCAGAGUCCCCCACACUUAUCUACAAUGCAACAACAGAGAUUACACUAAUUAUAUAUUUGUAUAAUUAUAACUAUGUCUUACCUUUCUAUUCUUUUGUCAGAGAAACGUAUUUACUCUUGGCAGAAUGGACUUGUUGGUUGACUGCUCUUUCAUUAUGAGCUCGGUCAUACCAUCAUACCUUCCCAGUCAUUAAGUAUAACAAAGCAUUGACUAGACAACCGUACAGUAUGAUGUUUAAAUACCUGAUGUUUACUUGAUUUACAACAUUGCCCCUGGCACAUUGUGGAAUGUCUUGACAGAAUACAGACCUCAGAUAUACAUGAUUAAUAAGCACGGAUUCUGUGCUGAUUAUGUUAGCUGAUACAAUGUCAUUUUAAUGACAAUUAUUCACAAACUAAAUAUAUUUUGUGUUGUUUUGUUCUUUUGGACGAUUCAUUUUUGGUAAUUUCCUGUGUAUUAUGCAUGACUAUUAUUUAAAAAAAGACAAAACAUUUGUCAGUUAUUGUCUCUGGUUCUAUGUCUCAGUUACACUCUGGUGAGCACUGUAGGACUUGAAAUAUUAGCUUUAAUCAUAUCUCAGUCAGACAUCAGUUGAGCUGUAAAGGAUGGAUAUAGAUAGCUUUACUAUGAGAUGUGUACGCUCUGUUGAUUUGAGACUUCCCACUUAUACAGAAGAGUUUCCUAACAUGCACAGAGGAAAACAAACUCUCAGCCUUAAAUAUCAGAUAUGUUCCCAAAGACUAAUUACAUCCCAGAUUAAUUGUCUUUCCAAAAAUACAUACUUUAUUUUGAGCUAUUCCUUUUUAUAGAUAUUUAUCUUGUCAAUGCUCCAUUAAUAGAUUCUGAGACUAUUUCUAAACUAUGUUUUGCCUUCUGUAGCUACUGUAUGUUCUGUAAUUGACUGAUGUUGUUCUUAAGUUGUAGUUUGUUGUUGUUGCAGUUUUAACAAAGUUCAAACCAUAAUUUAAACAGCAACGCAACAACACAUCAAUCAAUGCCCAGAAAUAUAUAUUUAAAGUAUGUUGUACAUGGUUCAUAAAACAACUGAUAACUGAUUUUUUUUAAAGCAUUUAUCAAUUGUUGCAGUAUUUAUAAGAAUGUAUUGGUUUUUUUGUUUUGUUUUCAGAACAAGGUGCUCUUAUUUUGUUGUUAACCUCAUUUUUGUGUAUACAUUUAGCAAAACGUGGACUGCACAUGGCAACGCAAUGUUAGCGUUACAAAUCGAGUAAACAUGUCAAAAAAAUACAAAAA